AUAGGGGAAGAUAAUCGCAUUUCAAAAGGUACGGCUUUUGCGACAAUCAGAGAGUUUACGUCAGCGUUGCCUGAAAAUGUCGUCACAUCCAGGGAGUCGGAGGUUUUCUAAAAGAGGAGGGAAAUUUACACGGCCGCAGUUAGAAAUUGUUCGAAAAUAUUUACAAACAAAAGAAAAUCCCGAUAGACAAUCAUUGUUAAACGCCAAUUUUGAAUGGGACAGUAGUUCGGAUGGCCCGCUAGUGCGAUUUAAGACGGCAUGUAAACGUCUCCGUUUGAACGACGAGAAUAUGCUAAUACACAUUACAGGGAAAAUUGUCAUCCCUGUGGAAGAAUUCAUUUCUACAAUACAAAGAGCCCACAAAGGAGAGAAAGAGGAUGAACAUUUGCAUUUUUCUGGAACACUCAAAAGGCUGUCAGAAACCUACACUAUCGGCCGAAGAACUUAUGGCAUGAGCAAGAAACUUAUAGAAGCUGUUGUUAAAUCCUGUAACUCUGGACUAUGUUGGAAAGAGAAGAAAAAUAAAAGGAAAAGAGAAUAUGAAGAUACAGUAAAAAGGUUUACAAGAAAAUGUUUCAUAAUGGGAGAACCAACAGUGGUUAGUAGUCAAAUCCAAAAUGAACAGGAAGUUACCAAACACAUCCAAGGGGAAACAAAUGAUAACAGUCAAGCAUGUGACCCUUCCACUUCCAGUACAAAUGCUAAUGGCAAAGUUAAAAAGAAUGAAAAAUAUAAAGUUAAACUAAAAAAGAAGAAAAAAAUACUUGUAAACAAAUUGCCCUCUUUGGUGCAGAUGAUACAAAAAUCGACAACAGUCACAGCCUCCACUGCAACAUCAAAUAAAUCAGAGAUCAUUUCAAUUGGUCCAUUUCCAGUGUCUGUACUUAAAAAUGGAACAGAUACUGGUCAGUACCAGUUAGGACUACUACUUCCAGUUGUAAGCCAACAGGGAACCAUGUCACAGAACACAGCAACAACUGGCAACACAGGUAACAUGAGAUCAUUGUGUAUACCAGUUAUGAAUGUUUCAUCUGCACCAGGAGUUAGUGGUGUUACUGGGAAGGUUGCCUCUAGUGUUAAUGUAUCUGGAAACAUUACAAAGACUAUUAACUUAUCACAAAUGCAAUUUUCAACUCUAUUGCAAAACAUGGCAAAAAAUAGUCAAACUGAUGAUAUGAAUAAAGUUUCAACUUCAUCAAAAUCGAAUGAUGAAAUUAAACAUCAACCAAACAUGGUGAUAAAGGUACCUUUAGAGAAAGGCAAUUCCUCCUUGAAACUCACAUCAAAACAGAAAUUACAAGUUCAGUCAAAGGAAAUAUCUCAAUCACCUUCAAAAGAAGAGCCACCUCAGAAAAAAACUAAAAUUGUAAAAAUAAGUACAGAUGGGAAAGUAUAUACAUGUACUGACAUGAAACCAGCAAAUGAGGAAAACUUGAACAAAAGUGAAAAUGAUGAUGUUAUUAUCGUAGAUGGUAACGAAACGGAUGAAAAUAAUAACCUUAAUGACAACAGUUCUCUAAGCCAAAGUAUAGAAUUAGAUGAAGACUGGUCUAAUGAAAAUUUCCAAGCUUUGGAGUAUGUAAAGAAUAGUGGAAUGUACAAAAGUUGCCUAAAAGCUUUAUGUAGUUUGGGUACAGAAGACUUCGAAACUGUCAUGGACCGAAUGGAUGCUAAUGUUUUUAGUGAGGGACCAAAUCCAUUUGUUAAAUCUUACCAUCCAGUCACAGACCCUCCUUACCCACAUAUCUGGUACUUCUAUCAUGAGAUAAGUCAAGAGAAGAAUAUUUUCAGUAGAAUGAUGAUAGUAAUGAAGGACAUAAGAAUUGAUAUGAUGAGGAGUCUGAUGCAAGAGUUACUUGCCCAUGAUAGGUUAAAGAGAAAAAUAACAUACAUGGAGUCCUUGAUAAAGAAGAAUAAAGUCUACCUGGACAUGUGUGCUGCUAAAUCUUUCAAAAGGAAUAGAAAGAAGAGACAGAAAGAUAAAUUGACAAAAUGAACAUAGAAUAUCACUCUGUUUAUUGACAGUCAAAAAUGUUACAUAAUGUUUGUGUAUUGAUAAGUUAAAAUGUUACACAAUGUUUGUGUAUUGAUAAGUUAAAAUGUUACAUAAUGUUUGUGUAUUGUGUACAAAUUAUUCAAGAAAUCACAUGUUAGUCACUUUUACCUAGACUUAUUGUAUCUUUGACAAUUUAAACCACGAAAAUUUAACUGGUGUCACAUAUGGCUAGGUCAAACAAAAACAAUGAUAGGAUUGUUUUUUCCAGAGCAGUAAAACCAAGUUGACUACUUGACAGCCUUGUGAUAUCCAUGUGUGACAAUUAGCCAUUAACGUCAUAUAUGUUUUUUAAAGUGGUCUAGAAAGAUUUAUCAUUGACAAUUUACUAAAAAAAAUAUGACAGACUUUUGGGUCUACAAACAUUUGUUUUUCAAUUUGCCUUUCAAAUAAUUUUAAAGUAUGCAAAAAUAAAAGCUCAUGUGUUUGGAAACUUUAAUUAUUUACAAUAAAUUAAAAGAUAUCAUUGUUAAAAGGCAUUUCAUAUCCUCCUUAAUUUUCUUGCAAAAUUUUAAAUUGUUCCAAGGAUAACAUUCUUCAAUCGUUUCAAAAUAAUGCUACUUCCACUGAUGAAUAGUGUGUUAUAAUGUGGACACUUCAAUUCAGAAAAAUCAGUUGUGACUUCACUAUGACAUCAUUAAAUCGAUGUUUUUGACCUUAAAAGGCAUUUUUACCCAUAGUUUUUGGUAAAAUUAGAUAUGAGCCAAGGCCUUACCCAAAAAGAUAAUUGACAAAAAUUAGCAUUUCUGUAAAAGACAUCUUUAUGGAAGAUAUCUUUUUGGGUAAAGUCUUGGCUGAUAUCUUUAAAAAUUGAUAAGCUCUAAACUUAGGUUAUUUUGGCAGAUUUUGUAUCUGCCUGAAAUACAAGAAUUUUGAAACCCAAUAGCAAAUAUGUAAAACACAAUUUAUAAAUCCGACAGACUUGUUACAGUCUUGUGAACAUCUGAUGUGUUUUAUUUAUGGAUUUAUAACACUUUUUGAUUUUUCAAAUUAAUGGGACCAAAAAUGUGGCCUUAUCAUACCUUCUCUUUAGGUAAAUUUCCUGUAGGGUCUAAACGAUGUAUUUGAGGCCUGGCAAACACAUUCAGAGAAGGACAAACCUUUUUAUUUGGUCAGCUGAUGAAGAUUUCAUCAAGAAAAUACUUUCUUUCUUAUAAGAUAAAGUAAAUAUUUCCUGCAUAUCAAACAGCAGUUUGUAAAGUAUUGUGGGAAUUUUGUUUCAUAUUUGGGAAGAAAAUUAUGACAGAGUGGCCCACUACAUUUUUCAGGUUUUCUGAUAUUUCCUUGGAUAUUUUUGUUCUUUUUGUUUUCAAAACUUUACAUAUGAGGAAUAGUAAUAUGUGUCUAAUACAAAUGUUAAAAAUUAGUUCAAUAUUUAGCAUCCCAUGUUAUAGUUUCCUUUUCUGACUUGUGAAUAAAAAUAAUUCAUAAUGGCA